AUGAAACCUCUUUCCAUUGAAUACAACGGUCCUUUAAGUGACCUCUGCAACGACAACAAUGCCCACCCGCCUCACUCCUUAGUUCAAACAGCUUUAUUGGGUACGCAGUUUAUAAUACGACGUCAGCAAGAAAUUUCCUCCCUAAAAAAUUGUUACAUCUGCAACUGGAGUAAAUGUCCAGCUGAUGACUUCACUGAACACCUCCAGACGAUUGAAGUUCAAUUCCUGCUACCCAGUUAUGACGUCAGGCCAGACGACUUCCUCCAGCCAUCCACGCCAUUCAUGCUGCGCGGUGAUGCCGGAUAA